CCGCAAUGAUUUGUGGAUUAUGUCAAGAGCAAGAAUCAAAAUAUAAAUGUCCUAAAUGUAAAGUACCGUACUGCUCGAUAGCAUGCUACAAAAGUGAAGCACAUAAACAUGAAGAGAAGGAACUGAACCAAUCUACACCGAAGGUUAAUAUUGCUAUAAAGCAAGAAGAUAUCACAGACAACAAAUAUGCUUCUGUAAUUAAUGAUCCUCAAAUUAAGAGUAUGUUGCGUGAACCAGCAUUACAAGUGCAUUUGUUAACAAUUAGUAAACUAUUGAAUGAAGAUUCCUUAAUUCAAGGUAAUGUUAAUUAUGACCAACGUUUAGAACUAGUACGAUUGAAAUUGCAAGAUUUAAGGGCAGGUGGGAUUGAAGAGAAUGAAUUGGUCGAGGAGUUUAUCGGACGAGUGUUACAAUUACUUGAUGAGUGAUUAGUCUGUAUAUAUUUAAUCUAUAAAUUUAACACUAACUACAAUUUAC